AUGAAACUGUUACAGGAAGCGGAGGAUGCAACAAACGAAAGAAAGUUCAUAAAAUCUCAAGUAGAGAAACGUCGAAGGGAGAGGAUGAACCGCAGUCUGGAGUGUCUGAGGACCAUGUUGCUUCAGGAGCCACAACAACAGGAUGGGACUCAGCGCAGAGUGGAGAAAGCUGAGAUUCUGGAGCACACGGUUCUUUUCCUGCAGAACACUGUGAAAGGAGACAGGACGAGCGCUGCUGCUGCUGGUGAUGGUGGAGGCCAGAAACACUCGUUCCAAGACGGCUUCUCUACCUGCCUGCAGACCGCUGCUCAGUUCCUAGGCCCUGAAGGGAAAGGCCUGUGGCUCGGAGCAGCACUGGAUGCGUCUCUGGCCGCAAGUUUUUCCCGUUCAGACUCUGACUCUGCAGGUGUUCGAAGGAGACCUGAAGCCCGUUUCUCCUCCUCCUCCUCCUCCUCCUCCACUACCACCUCCUCCUCAUCCAGCUCUCUGCAAACACACACAAAGUCCAUUCUUCGGAUGCUGAGGCAGAAGUCCAAGCACACACAGGGCUCGAGUGUCGCUCAUCCGUACCGGCUUCCAGCCCAGCAGGGGUCUCCCACACACUCCCAACAGGCUCAGAGACAGAAUCAGCUCCAGAUGAGACAAGUGGGCAAACAGAGUCCGUCCCAGAGCAGCCCGCUCAGCCAGACUUUGUGGAGGCCGUGGCCCUGA